AUGAUGAGUUCCUGCACCCCAAUUUCACCCAAAAUUCACACCAUUUCGAAACCCAAUCAAAAUCCUCUUUUACUGACUGAUUCUGCCUUGCCAGUGCGAGUUUCUUGUACCAGAAGAAGAAAUUUCUUAAAUACAACAAGGGCUUUGCUUUCGACUACCAAAGAGACUGUUUUGAGGGAAUUCCAUGAAAAAAGAGCUCUAAAAAUCAUUUCAGGGUUACAGAAUUUGGACAGAGAUAAUGUUGCUUCCGUUAUUACCGCUGCAGAUAAGGGAGGAGCAACUCACGUGGAUAUUGCAUGCGAUCCAGAGUUGGUGAAGCUUGCAAUUAGCUUGACUUCUCUUCCGGUUUGUGUUUCUUCUGUAGAUCCUAUGGCAUUUCCAGCUGCUGUUGAAGCAGGAGCCUUGAUGUUGGAAAUCGGAAAUUUUGACUCGUUCUAUGAGAUGGGCUUGACUUUCUCACCAGAGCAGGUACUGAAUUUAACAAGGGAGACUAAGAGGAUUCUUCCAUCCAUCCCGUUAUCAGUCACAGUGCCUCAUACACUAAGUCUUCCUGACCAGAUCAAGCUAGCAGAAUUGUUAGAGCAAGAAGGUGCUGACGUUAUUCAGACUGAAGGUGGAAAGUGUUCUAGUCCUUCAAAGGCUGGUAUUCUUGGAUUAAUCGAAAAGGCAACCCCAACACUUGCAGCAGCAUAUUCUAUAUCUCGGGCAGUUACAAUACCAGUAAUGUGUUCGUCUGGAUUAAGCUCGGUCACAGCACCAAUGGCGAUCACAGCAGGAGCUUCGGGCGUGGGUGUGGGUUCAGCAGUAAACAAGCUCAACAACGUAGUUGCGAUGAUUGCAGAGGUCAAAAGCAUAGCCGAGUCAUUGGCAUUUUCAAACUCGAAAAGAAAUGCAUUUGAAGAGAGCAAUUUGACGCUAUGA